AUGACCGACAUGCAAUGCUACAUUGAAAUGUCACAUGUUGACAAGAAAUCCUUUGGAGUGUUACAAGCUCGAUUUGCAAUAAUACGUCAACCAAGUCUAGCAUGGUCGACCGAAAUUUUAUGGAAAAUUGUAAUGGCUUGUAUUAUCAUGCACAAUAUGAUUGUUGAAGAUGAGCGAGAUGGAUAUUUGCAUUAUGAUGCAACUGAAUUUAUCAAUGACCAACCCCAAAAUGUAGCUGAAUCAUCAACUAGUAACAACAACCAACCAUUUACUGUGAGAAGUGGACGAUUGGAUAGGCUCAAUCUAAAUGGUUAUAUGAAAAAUAGAAAUAAUGUUCGUGAUAGGGAGACCCAUAUUGCACUAAAGAAUGACUUGGUUGAACAUAUAUGGGGACGUUUCGGCAACGAAUGA